GAAAAUAUAUUCAGUGUCACCACUCAACUCACGUGUGUAAUCACGGGCGGUUUGCUCUAACUGAGUGACACAAGUAUGACCUGUCUUGAGAUCUCUUAAGAGAUUGCAUCUUUGCCCUGAUGGACCCACCGUGGUCUGACCACAUCCUGCUGGUCCUCUGUCUCCUCUUCCGGGUCUGCAUCCAUGGCAAUGCUCAAGGCCCAUGUGAAAUUGAGGUGCCAAUCAAAAGAAACACUGUUUGGAAUGCUGUCCCUCAGAAAGGGCUGACAAUCAACUGCCCUGUGAAACAUUGUGGGGAAACCUUACGUGUCACCUGGUGUAAAUUUGAGGACGCCAACUGCAAACAAAUCAAUGAGACAGAGCAAGUCAAAAUUGGAUGGAAACCAUUUGAUAGAGGGUCAGAAAAUCGUAUUGCAUUUUUGGAUUUUAAGAAGAUAUCUAUGAAUGACGAUGGUUCGUACAGAUGUGGAAUGGCUGGGAAUAAAUCAUCAAUUGUUAGCCAUGCUAUCAAUGUCUCUGUCUCAGAUAUCAACCUGAAAGUGACUAGCACAGCAGACCACAACACAAACAACUCACCAAAUGCACAGCAUGAUGAGAAAUAUCUGAACUGGCUGCCGUAUGCUUACAUCUGUGUGGGAAUAGUACUGCUGGUGGUCGUGAUGACAGCAAUCUCCUUCCUCUAUCUUUAUGGAUGUAAAGGACCAACAAGGUCAACAAAUAACGGCAUAAAGGAGCAGGCAGUACCAUGUCCAGACCUCUCCUCCUGCUCUAAGGGAACCUUUCCAUCAUCACCAUUCACACCAAACCCUGCCCACUCCGACAAUCUCUACAACAAUGGUCCCUAUGCCAAACACAUCAACAGGGCAUCGGCACACAACCUCCUGAUGACAAACGGAACUCUGCCUUCCUCGGAUAUCCCAGCUGGAGGUCAAGGGUCAAACCACCUUGUGUACGCUAGCCUGAACCACCAGACCCCUAGAGGGUCCCCGAAACCCCCCCAUAUUCCAACCCCCCAUGAUGAAUGCUCAGAGUAUGCAGCCAUCCGAGUCCAUUGAGCCCAUAGGCUCUGAAAGAGACCUCAUCCAGACCAUAACGGCAGAGUGCUGCUGACUGUUUUACUGUUUAAAUUGUCUUCUUUGUUGGAUCUUACCGAAAAAGAGGAAAGCUGAACAUAUUUUGUGGAUGAAAAUGUCACUCCUUGGGGGAGUUUUUUUUUUAUACAUAUAUGUAACUCACACACACUCUUCCUGGUGUCAUGGAAAUGUUGAGCAGUGUGUUAACCGCAGUGCAGCAGUAUUUCAGAGAAUAAAAUGUGGUUUAAAGAUGGGGGGGUAGGGGGAUCAGGGUGAGACAGGUGGGCAAGGGUUAGAGCUAGAGAAUAUGUGCUUCUGAGUGUGAACCCUCCUUCACGUCACACCUCAGAGUUAGAGGAGCAAAAUAACACCCGUUAGCAGUGUGUAUCACAAAGGUUAUCUCACACAUAAUGAUGAUAAACCAUAAUUUGUUAAUGACUAUCAAAAUAUAUAUUUUAAUGAAUAAACCACUGAGCCACUUUGGUGAUUAUUAGUGAUGAUUUGAGGAUAUAACAGGGAAAAAUAACUCAUACCAAACAUUUUAUGUCCCUGUGUGUGACUAAGUGUGUGUGCCUGUGUCUAUAUGUCUGCAUAUGACUCACUCCGUAUGAGUGAGUGAGUGAGUGAGUGAGUGAGUGAGUGAGUGAGUGAGUGAGUGAGUGAGUGAGUGAGUGAGUGAGUGAGUGAGCGAGCGAGCGAGCGAGUGAGUGUUGGUGUAUAUUUUUGCACAGAUGCGCGUGUUUGUAUGCAUGUGCUGGCUACAGGUUGGGGGCUUUCCAUGGUUUAUGUAAAAUGUUGAGCCCACCACAUAGCCGAAACAGUGAGUUGCUGUAAAUAGAUGUUCUCCCUCUUGAGAGAGUAUGGAAAUUCCAUUCAAAUGUAAUAUGAAUGUAAUAUGAAAGUGCAUAUGACUUUCUCUAUGGUCAUAGGAAGACAGAGGUAAUAGUUUGCCUAACUGUAAAAUGAUGUGGGCGUGGCAAGAUUGUAAUAGUGACUCAUACAGUAACAAAUUCCAAUCUCAGUAUUUGUCAAUUAAUAUGAAACAUGUUCGUUUGAAGGCUACAUGUUUACUAUGCAACUACUCAAUUACAAUACAGUAUCCUUCACCAGAGAAUAGUGCCAGAGAAAUGUCCCUCAUUUUAUAAAGAAAUUGCGACAAAGACUAUUGUUACCACUUGAAGCAAGAGUGGCUAGUUUUUGAGAAUACAAAAUAAAGCUUGGGUCUAAUGUCUUUGGUCCAACACUG